AUGAAUAUUUUAAAUAACAAAUGUUUAAAUAUUCAUGAUUUGCCCAAUGAAAUUUUAUUCAUUAUUGCAAAGGAACUCAAUAUUGGUGACGUAUAUACACUUACUGAUAUUGACGAACGAUUUGUUCAAAUAGUACAUGAUCCACAUUAUAUACGUAAUAUUCAUAAUCUUGAUAUGACUACUAUAACAAUGAAAUCAUUUUUUGAUUAUAAUUUUUCAAUGGAUGAUCGAGUUCUUUCAGAUAUAUGUGGAAAUAUUUUACCUCAAAUUCAUUUAUAUAUAACUAAACUUAUUAUAGAACAAAAUUCAAUAGAACGUAUUCUUACUAUUAAUUAUCCUCAGCUUUAUUCAUUAUCACUUAUUAAUUUUGAAGAAAAAAUACUUUUUCAAUAUUUAAAAGAUCAUUCAAUUCUUCGUGAUCUUCUUAUUAAUCAAAUAACAUAUUUGAAUAUUGAUAUUCAAAAUGGGAUAAUACCUCAAUUAUCUGAAAUUACAUCAAAUAUAUUUGCAUUAAUUUUAUCUUUAACGAAACGAUUAAUUUAUUUGAAUUUUUGUCAUUUAUUUUCUCAUCGUAGAACUUGGAUUUCGAUUUAUUAUUUACCAGAAAUAAGUCAUAUGUUUUCAAAUCUAACUCAAUUGAAAAUUAAUGUUGAAACUUUUUUUGAUUGUCUUUAUCUUCUUGAUGGACGUCUUAAUUCCUUAUCCAAAUUGAUUAUCAAUGUAAGAGAAUUUGAACUUCACCCUAAACCAUCAUAUAUAAACGGAUGGGUAAAUAUUAUUUUAAUAAUUAUGUUCCCAUAA